AAAUGGUAAAAAGUUCAUUUUGCAACCCCAUUUCCUUUUUUACACUUUUGCACAGAUAAUGUGUUAAAUAAAAACAAUACUGCAUUUACAUAAAAUAUUAACAAACUGAAAAGCAAAAACAUUAAAAGUUUUUGAAAAGUUUCGCCAUUUCAACACAUUCCCAUUUUAAUUGCACAAAAUGGCAAUGGAAAUAAAAACUGAAUACGAGACCGAAAUUGGUCCCACACAAGUGGUUUUCGAAGUAGUUGAUGUACCCAAUACCACCAAGAAGAUUGUUAUAUGGUCAGACAUUGAAACACAACAGCUAAUGGAUCUUUAUGAAAGUUUCAGUCCGCAAGUUGGUCCACAAAUGAGAUUUAAACACAAAAAAGAUAUGUGGACCGAAAUUGCUACACACUUUCCAGGAAGACAUAGUAAGCAGUGUGAAGAACGUUAUAAGACCGUUCUUAAGAGAAAGAAAAAAGGUUUACUUGAGCCGGAUGUUUUAGAAGCAGAGGAGUGGAAUGAAAAUCCCUUUAAAAUUAUUAAAAAACUUGAAAUAGAAAGAGCAGCUGAGGAAGAAACAAAACCCUUUAGACAGGUUCACAUUUACACAAACCAUUUUAGUGUGGACCAACAGUGAAACGAAGCUGCUUAUGACUCUUCAUAGGACCUUAAUAAAGGAAGUGGGAAAAAGAUUUACAUUUUUAAAAGACAUGUGGCGAGAAAUAGCAACACAUUUCCCGGCAAGCUACCAAAUCAAUGUGAACAGCGUUACAAAACUGUUCUAAGAGAAAAAAGAAAGGCAUUUUCACAAAGGUCAGAAGAAAAACCAACGAUUUUAAAAACAAAGAUUAUGUUGGAAAUAGUAUAUGGAGAAACAAUCGGAUAACUAAAAGGCAUAUAAAUAAAAUUGUUAAUGAUACAGAGAUGGAGGAGCUUAUUACACUAGGAGAGGAAGUUAUUAACGAACCAAAUGCUGUGGAAAUUAUUAACGAACCGAAGACUACGGAAGUUAUUACGGAGAAUAUUAGUGAAAUGUAUACUGAAAUACCACGGCUCAGCACUACUAAGGAGCCUUUUAGACAAGAAAGAAAAGAUCUUAGUUUACCGGAGAUUUUGUGGGAAAUAGCGGCAAAAAAGGAAGAAGCUAAGGAAAGGCGGCAUAGAGAAAGAAUGGAAGCUACUAAACAAUUACAAAAUAUAUUACAAAAAAUUUUGAAUUCAAAAAAUAUUUCAUAGUAAUAAAAAUAAAUACAUACAUAACUACUUG